GUCAUCGACCCCGACAUGGUGGCCUUGUUCGAGGAGUUCCUGGGGAAAGAGGAGUCGGAGGAGAUGACGGUGUCCUCGGCGGAGAAGCGGCCCCUGGCGCAGCCCUACCACUACGUGAUGCGGGACACGGAGCAGAAGGGGCUCUGCCUGCACAACGGGCACCUGGUGGCCACCAGCCUGCAGGGUGCCAACGCCGCCCAGGAAGAACCCAUCAGCGUGGUGCCCAACCGGCACCUGGAGCGCCGGCGCUGUCCCCUCAUCGUGGGCAUCCGGGGGGGCACCCAAGCCCUCUCCUGCGGCACCGGCCCCGAGCCCCAGCUGAAGCUGGAGGAGGUGGGGCUGCUGGACCUGUUCUCGCGGGGGGCGGAGGCCACCCCCUACACCUUCUACAAGACCUUCGGUGGCUCCACGCACACCUUCGAGGCGGCCGCCUUCCCCGGCCGCUUCCUCAGCACCGCCCCGGGGCCGGGGGAGGCACUGGCCCUGGCCCCCCCGCCCGCCGUCACCGCCUUCUACCUGCGUCGCAAGUGA